AUGACUGAACGACUCGGCCAUACCAGGCUACUUCAUCAUACAAAGCUUGAGGAUUACCAAGCCAUGGACUUCAUUCGACAGAACUUACUCAAAGUCAUCAGAUUGCAUACGAUGACUAGCAAGAUUGUCUGCCCGCCAGCACACGUCAUGGGCUGUCUAAUUGCCGCGAUAGCCUAUCGAAAGCUUCAGCCUGACAAUGAAGAGUUCUUUCAGAAAAACGAAUAUUUAGUCAAAGUGUUCGGCGAGCUCAACGUAACCCAGUGGCUAUCAGUUGCCAUUCAAGUGUUCGCAGAGGUUGGGUCGCAUGUAUUCCUUAUCGAACUUGACGAAGCCUGCCAGAAGCCUGUGGCGAAACUCGAACAAUUGGGUGGUAUCUCUUGUUGGGUAGUCACAACCAGAAUGCCUCAGGUGAACAGAUUUGAGGACAUCCUUCGCCAAGUCUUCGGCCCGACACACAAGACGCCUAGACCAGUGUAUCCAAAACUUGAGCCGUAUGAUAGGCCUCUUCUAUCUGUUGAGCCUGACGACAUCCCGAACAGCCCCAUCGCUCUAAACGAAGACGAUGAGUUGGAGGAUAACAAUAUCUCAUUACGCGACUACACCCGCCAGAUGAAGACCCUGGCUAAGAGACUCACAACUCCCGAUCGCGCCAUCGCCAAGCGCGCUCGGCGAGAAAUCUUGAAGAAACCACAUGAGGUCGGAGAACAACAAGUCGACGAAGCUAGCCCACCAAAGGAGUUCUUUGACUCCUACACGCACCUAAAGGACGUUUGGAAGACUUGCCUCAAGAACCAAGUCUCGAUCCCGAACAGUCUUCGUGUUCUCGUCGACCACCACUGCACCCCAAGCCAGGUGUUUCACUUGAUGGAGUUGGAGAAGGAGCAUAUUGCUGAGAUGUAA